UUAGACUUUGUGCCGUCAUCAGCAUUCAAUACUGUCUUGGAGCAGCAAACUCCUCACAACUCAUACUCAAUAAACUGCAGCUACUGUUGGACUUCUGGAUUUGACAAACCAAUUCUACAUUUCAUUUAUAAAGAGGUUCUCUGAGGAGUUAUGGGUGCCCACGGAUCCAGCCUGGAUGAAGUCUUGGCUGAGGACAUGCACCACUGGUACAACAAGUUCAUGAGGGAAUCGCCAUCAGGUCUCAUCACACUCUUUGAACUGAAGACCAUGCUACAGAUGCAGGGGAUGACUGAGGAAGCCAGCGGCUAUGUGGACCAAGUCUUCUACACUUUUGACAUGGAUGGGGAUGGCUACAUAGAUUUUGUAGAAUACAUCGCAGCUGUAAGUCUGCUACUAAAAGGAGAGAUAAACCAGAAACUGAAGUGGUACUUCAAACUCUUUGAUCAGGAUGGAAAUGGCAAGAUUGACAGAGAUGAAAUGGAGACCAUAUUCAAAGCCAUCCAGGAUAUUACCCGGAGUUAUGACAUUCCUCCAGAUGAUAUUGUGACUCUGAUCUAUGAGAGAAUUGAUGUCAAUAAUGAAGGUGAGUUGACAUUGGAGGAGUUCAUCACAGGGGCUAAAGAACAUCCUGAUAUCAUGGAGAUGCUCACUAAGAUGAUGGACCUCACGCAUGUCCUGGAGAUCAUAGUCAAUGGGCAAAAAAAGAAGGAGUGACUGCCAAUUUCUGAUGCAUUGCACAAUAAAAGGAUCCCAUCCUGACUAAAGAUCAACUCUGUGGCUUAAAAGCAUAAAACAGACUCAGUAGAGGGUGAAACCUGCUAGCAGUAUCUCUGUGAUUUCUUUCAUACACUUUCUCUGUUUCUGUGCCUCCAGAUAUCCAGUUAGCAGAGCUCUUUUACCCUUCUACUUUUAACUGAAUCACCUUUAAAAGUCUGAAAAUGUCAUUCUCAGAAAUGAUACAAGAGGAGAUUAAUUCAUGGUAAUUAAUGGAUCAUUUGUCCUAUUUGCUGGGGUGUGAAGCAUGUUCUUAGCAAAGGAUAUGCUCUAUGAUCCGCUGCAUUUACAGUGAAAUCUAAAAUGUUUAUGGACACUUAAGCCUCAAUUAAAAUGCAUCAAAACGACAGGCACUUUUAAAUGUGACUUACUAAAGUAAUUUAAAUGUCCAAACACUGUUUAGUGGAUACAGUGUAAAGAUUUAUAAUAAUUUGUACAGUUUUUCUAUUGAUGUAUGUAAUCUUCAUUCUGACUUUUGACAUUUUGUGCUAAAUUAUUUAGAUAACACUACCGUUCUAACUUGUAACCAUUGCCUUACAUAAAUAAAUGCAGUAUGCUGCA